AUGGUCAGCAACAUCCACACCUUCGUCGCCGAACGCAAACGGCAAACACCCGAGUCUCGGGUCGAGUGGAUCCGCGGCUUGGAACAGAUCCAAGCGCUCAAGCCCUCGAUCAUUAUUCCGGGCCACGCCCUUCCCGGCGAUCUGACCGAAGACGAAGCACCCGCGUUCACGGCCGCGUACUUUCGCGAGUUUGAAGCCCAGAUCCCGCUGGCCCGCAACAGCACGGAUCUUAUUGCGGCUAUGAAGGUUUCCAAGACGAGUCCAGCCUCGAACUCAGUGCCCAGGUCAUCAAGGGCGAAAGGAAGUGGUAGUUGAAAUGCAAUAGACGAUUGUAUAUAUAAAUGUUUUUUGUGGGAUUUGGAUGACUCCCUUUCCGAGGCACCUGGUGCCUAAGCGGAGCGGACCGCCGUGAGGAUGCCCGCAGGGCCGCAUGCGGCUCGCCGCGUGUGGUCU